ACAAUAUUAAAAAUUCAAUUAUAUUUUGCAAAACACUAUCAUGCUAGAGAUGAAGUCGUUAAACGAUACAGAUUGCGAUUGCAUCAAAAAAGUGGACCAUUAGUUGCGGAAAUUUGUAAAACUGAAAAAAUUGCAAAUAAACAGGAAUUUGAAAAAUUGUAUCAAAAGAUAUUGACGGUCAUCACUAUUUUAAGUGGUCUUGGAAAUCCUACUGUAAUUGGAGUAAUUCAAGAAGUUUCAACAACAUUGAGAAGUAUUUUUCAACCUUUGGAAUUGGAACACUAUGUAAAGAUGUCUAAACGUGAGAAGGAAGAACAGCUAAUGGAAUUAAUGUGCAUAGUCGCAGGAAUACGAUUGUUUAACAGAGAUUGCCAACGUGGAGGAGAAGGGAUUGACGAUUUACCUGCCAUUUUGCAAAAAGCUAUAAAAAAAAGUCGCGAAAUUAUUAUGGAAUUUUUAGAACAUUUAAUGACAAAAAUAUACAAAUUCACUGCAAUUAUAGAAAAGAUAUGUUUUGUAAAAGAAUUACCAAUUAAUAUUUUUUCAAAAAUGAAUAUAGAAUGGGCAAUUGAAAUGUUAACAGUAUGCCGGCAACAAGAGAUUUAUAUUAGAAAAUUGUUAAGUGACAUAGAUCGUAGCGAAAAAGAGGUUCAAAAUUAUCUAGAACGUCUUCAAAAACGCUUCUUUAAACUUCAUGACACUGUGAGGUAUAAAACUGCGAUUCCUAGUACUGAAGUAUAUCCACAAUUCAUCGAUUUAACUGAUAUAUGGAUGGGACUUCAAGAUGAAGUGAUUAUAAUAAGUGGUAUUAACAACUUUUUUUGGGAAUUUCAAACUUUGACUACAAAGAAUUACGUGAACACAUUCAAUGAAACAUUAAUCGUGGAUAUGCUGUCCGACAGAAAAGUACUUACAGAUGCUGAAAGAUUAGAAUUAUCGAUGGGUGAAUUAAUAGACGAAUGUGGCCAAUGUACUAUUUAUUAUCCUAACGAUACUGUGGAUUUCGAGAACAUAAAUUUAGAGUUUUUAGGAUUUUGCGCAUGGAUGUUUAUUAGAAAAGGAGUAUUAAUCCCGGGAAAUCCGAAUAAUGGUGUCGUUAAAUGGAAAGGAAAAUAUUAUGUAUUUUGUACGAUCGAGGCAGCGAAAGAAUUUGGAAAAGAUCCUGAUAGAUACGUUUACGAAGGUCUUGAUUUUAUACGCAAUCAUUUUGAGUACGUAUAUUUGUUUCAAGUAUAUGAUGAUGUUCGAGCUUUACAAACUCAAGAAAUGAUAUCAGAACAAGGUCCCGAGUUAAAAAUUUGUAACCAUCAAAUGGUUCAAACAGAUUUGCAUAUACUUCCAUCAUUCAUCGAUAAGAAUUAUUCUUCGAAUAUCUGGGAAUUAAGAAAUAAAGCGUUACAUUUAGCAACAAUAAGUCGAUAUAAAACACGCAGCACUCAAACGCAUAAAUCCAACUUCAGAUACGGUGUUUAUGUACAAGCAGCUCCGCCUCGAGACAAAGAAGUUCAAACAAGAAGAGAUAAUUACACGAAUACAAAGAAACUCUUAACUUAUAUCUUUGGUCUACGGGGGAGGAACGAUGAUAAUCAACAUGUACUAUCUUUCUUGGAAACCGAACUGAAACACUUAUGAAUAAUAUAUCAUAUAUAAAUUUUGCAUUAACCUUAAAGGAUGUAUUGGAUAGGUGUCCGAAGGUAUUCACGAUAGAAUGAAGCUACAAAGAGCACUCUUAAAAAAAAAUGAAAGCAAUAUCUUUUUAAUGAUGUUUUCAAAUACAUUCACGAAAUAUCUUGGCAUAACCUGUACUUUUUUUUUCAUUUAGAAAACAAACUGGUAUUAUUAUAAUUUACUUCGUAACACGCGUAAUAUUUUCAUUAUCGUCAAAUGUUUGCAAUGAUUUCUUCGUGGCUUCCAUUAAUUUAGGCCAGCAUUCAUUAAUUUAUAUUCAAAAUACACAAAUUUUUCCAUACAACGAGAUGUGUAUAUCCACACUAGGAUUCCGCAUCUCGCAUCAUCAAUCUAUCUUACUUUCUACAAUUCAACAUUGCGCAAUGCUGCGCAUACUGUGAUCUUUAAUAUGCAUGCAUCAUACUUUUACUGAAUACAUCACUUUACCAUUAAAUCUUAAGAGUUAGGUCAAUUUUUUACACCAAGAAACCUAUAUUACGACAAUAAUUAGUAAUUACACGAUAAUACAAUUAAAUUUCGCUUAAUAAUAAUUUCAGUGUAUAAUGUAACAAUUAUACAGAAGAGGUACAGGAUGUUGAUUUUUCGCAUCGUCGUUCUCUUAAUUCUUAUCAUACUUUUUUUUUAACUUACCACAUAUCUUUUCCCAUUCUCUCUUUCUCUCCUUUGUUUGAAAAAUUGUCCCUUUGUUACAUCCAUUUUCAGAAAGUAACCAAUAUUAAAAUAAAAAGAUGAAAAUAUCGUGUGAUUUUUGGGCGGCAAUAGUGAUUUAGAAAAAAAAAAAAAA